UUUAGUUUUGUUUUGUUUUUUUUCUUUUAAGUGUUUUGUCUCUUCUGUAGCAACCCUGACACUGACCAGCGCUUCCCCUGGCUAAUCCAGAUCCACAGUAACAACAGACCUGUGCUAAAUCGGCCAUUAGUACUUCUUUAAUCCCCCCACUCCUGGGAGCUGUACGCUGUUGUUUUCCACACUUUAGGGAAAUCCAGACCCAGUGAAACUUAAACCCUUCUGCGAGGUGUUACAAUUGGGAUUAUACUGGGGAUGCAGGUGUUUAGCCAGCAGUGAAGCAUUCCGUUAGCCUGGGCUUUUCGGCAACAGCUACUGACAUUGUAUCAAUAAAGUUGUUUUUUUGUUGUUGUUUUUUUUUUUCCCUUUGAGAGAGGGUGGGGGAUCUGGAGAAGUGCUCUAUUUUUUUUUUCUUAAAAGUUUAUUUUUGUUUUAUGUGUAUGAGUGUUUUGCCUGUUGGCAAAACAUACACGCCCUGUCCAGAGGCCAGAAGAGGGGAUUAGAACUUUAGUUACAGACAAUUGUUAGCCACCCCAUGGGUGGUGGGAACUUCGCUAGGUCCUCUGCAAGAGCAGCAAGUGCUCCUAACCGCUGAGCCGUCUGAGAUGGAGUCUUGAUAAUUUGCCUAGGCUAGCCUGAACCCCAGGCUUAAACGAUCCCCCCCCCCCCAACUUCACCGUUUGCUGCUUUUGCAGAGGACUUGGAUUUAGAUCCCAGCACCCACGUUGGGCAGCUCGUAACUGCCUGUAACUCCAGGUCCACGGGAUCUGACGCCCUCUUCUGGCCUCUCUCUCCAUCCUCGAGACUGGCGCAGGUUACAUACUGUCUACCAGUCUGUGGAACUGCCCGAGACACAUCAGAUGCUGCGUCAGACAUGCCGUGACUUUGCUGAGAAGGAGCUGGUCCCCAUCGCAGCCCAGCUGGACAAGGAGCAUCGCUUCCCCGCAGCUCAGGUGAAGAAGAUGGGCGAGCUCGGGCUGCUGGCCAUGGACGUGCCGGAGGAGUUCAGUGGCGCGGGCCUGGAUUACCUGGCCUACUCCAUUGCCCUAGAGGAGAUCAGCCGUGGCUGCGCCUCCACCGGAGUUAUCAUGAGCGUCAACAACUCUCUCUACUUGGGGCCCAUCCUGAAGUUCGGAUCCCCAGAGCAGAAGAAGCAGUGGAUUACCCCCUUCACCAGUGGUGACAAAAUUGGCUGUUUUGCCCUCAGUGAGCCAGGGAACGGCAGUGAUGCGGGAGCUGCUUCCACCACGGCCCGGGAAGACGGUGACUCGUGGGUCCUCAACGGCACCAAAGCCUGGAUCACCAACUCGUGGGAGGCUUCGGCCACGGUGGUGUUUGCCACCACAGACCGGUCCCGGAAGAACAAGGGUAUCAGUGCCUUCCUGGUUCCCAUGCCAACUCCCGGGCUCACACUGGGUAAGAAGGAGGAUAAGCUGGGCAUCCGGGGCUCAUCCACAGCUAACCUCAUCUUCGAGGACUGUCGCAUCCCCAAGGAGAACCUGCUGGGGGAGCCAGGGAUGGGCUUCAAGAUAGCCAUGCAAACCCUGGACAUGGGCCGCAUCGGCAUCGCCUCCCAGGCCCUGGGCAUCGCCCAGGCCUCCCUCGACUGCGCUGUGAAAUAUGCUGAGAACCGCAAUGCCUUUGGGGCCCCCCUCACCAAGCUCCAAAGCAUCCAGUUCAAGCUGGCAGACAUGGCGCUGGCCCUGGAGAGUGCCCGCCUGCUGACCUGGCGUGCCGCCAUGCUGAAGGACAACAAGAAGCCGUUCACCAAGGAGUCGGCCAUGGCCAAGCUGGCUGCCUCUGAGGCUGCAACCGCCAUUAGCCACCAGGCCAUCCAGAUCCUGGGCGGCAUGGGGUACGUGACAGAGAUGCCAGCUGAGCGGUACUAUCGAGACGCCCGCAUCACAGAGAUCUAUGAAGGCACCAGCGAAAUCCAGAGACUGGUCAUCGCGGGGCACCUGCUCCGGAGCUACCGGAGCUGAGCCCUUUGGGGGGGGCUUGCCUGCCUGUGGACCAAGGCAAAGGGCAGGCAGAGCCUCGUGGCUUAACUUUGAGGCCUGGUCCGACCAUAAAGGGACCUGCCUCAUUCUGAACCCUCCCAGUCAGACUGGGGGACGUCUGUCUCAGGGAGAGGAAAGGCCGGCUGCUGUGACCUGUGACCGAGAAGAAAUGAGUCGUCAGCUCAGGACUGGGCUUGGCUCCUCCUUUACAACCCACCAACAGUGCCUUUCUUCAUCUGAGUGGCCUGCUGGAGGCAGGGCCAUGGGAGGGCUAAACCACCCUGGCACUCACAGUGCCAUUCCCAAGAGCCCUGCUGCCCAGCGGCAAGAACACAACGGACAGGGCAGGGGUCAGGAGGAGGAGGGGGUGGCCCAGGAGGUCAGCAUUUGGAUCUCCAGGGUCGUCUUGGGAUGGCUGGGGGCUGGGUCACGGGCCCUCACGAGAGGUCAAGUGAGUGCAGGUGUGUGUUGUGCUGGGCAGCUGCAGGCUGCCUGUGGCCAAUAAAACGCUUGUGCCCGA